AUGUCAGCCAACAAGGCCAAGUUCUUCGAGGAACAAAUCAACGCACAGAAGCCCAAGCCCAUCAAGAAGGAGGUCGUCUGGACGCCCAGCCAGGGCGCCAACGGCACGGGCGCGCACAGCAACCCAGGCUUCAAGCAGCAGACCAAGAAGAAGCUCAACCUCGGCGAACCCCCCGAGAAGAAGAGCAUCAGUGACCUCCCCUGA